AAUGGACAUGACCCUACAAGAACAAGUAUACGAAACACGAAACAUAUCAUCCUUGGCAUAUAUGGAUGACACAGUAUGGAUUACACAAAACAAACAACAAAUGCAAGAAAUCCUAGAAAUAGUUCAAGAGUUUUUUGACAUUAACAAAAUAACUGUUAAUGCAUCUAAAUCAGAACUAAUUCUCGUAAACGGACACAAAGAAGAUCAUAAGAAUGGAAUCGAUUUUAUGGAAAAUAAAAUAAUUCCAAAAAAACCCUCUGAAGCAGUUCGAUACUUAGGUAUCUGGAUACAAGAAAAUGGGAAAAAAACUUACCAAAAAAGCUUAAUAAAAGAAAAAGUUUUCAGAACUACAUCUAUAAUGAACAGAAAACAGCUUACAGAUAAACAAAGCUGCUACAUCCUGAAUCAUGUUCUCUUUCCACAAAUAGAAUAUCUAAUGCAAGAUUUAAUAUAUUCAGAAAAAGAUCUUGAGAAGCUUAAUGCAAAAAUAAGAUCAUGUUUUCGUCGGUCAUGUGGACAUUCAGCCAAAUUACCCACUAGUAUACUAUACUCACCAUUGGGAUACAAAUUAUUCAACUUACAAAAUAGACAACUACAAAUCAUGAAAUUAUUGGCAGUAAAUAAUAUAGAAAUACAAAUUAAUAAUGAACUAGAAUUCCCCGUCUUGAUUAGAGGAGGAAACCUAGAUAUUGAAUCAUUUAUGAAUUCAGAUAUAUGGUAUCACAAACAUCGAGACAGUCUAAAAAAAUAUGGA